AUGGUAAAGUUUGGGCGUCCUAUUCUGUUUAUUUUGGCUAUAUGUCUCGCGUUGGGAGCAAUCACGACUCACCUGAACAUAGGUCUGGGUUUGGUGGCAGGUGUGGCUGCUGGUGACAGCGCGGCCGCAGAGGUGUCAGCGGAUCAAGCCACAGGGGCCAGCGCGGGAGACGCGACACCCGAGCCAAGCGCCACUGUCGAUCCCGCGGCAAGAGGAGGCAGUUAUGCGUGUCAGUUGCCACAGACUUUUGAUGAGGAGAAACUUGUCGUGCACAUCGCCGAAUCGUUCCAGGACGACGAGGCAUCCGUUUUCGAACGCUGGGUGCGAUCUACGUCAUCGGAGUUUACUGGCGUUUGGGCGGUUGGCGGAGGAAAGAACGCGCCGCUUGCCGGUGACAAAGCGCUGCUCGUAACCCGAAAAGCCCAUAGGUACGGGAUCGCGCGAAAAACGCAGAAUGUUGACCUGAGUAGCAAACCCUUUGUUGUUCAGUACGAGGUGCGGCACGAGGAUGGCCACACCUGCGGCGGAGCGUACCUCAAGCUCCUGACGCAGCCCUUCGGUACAGAGAUUCCACUCGAAAAGCUCGAUAACACCUCUCCGUAUUCUAUCAUGUUCGGUCCGGACAAGUGCGGUGAAACGAACAAGGUCCACUUUAUUAUCAAGACGGUGAAUCCGAAGUCCGGCAAAAGCGUCGAGCAUCAUUUGCGUAGUCCGCCAACGAUGCCGUACACUACAGGAAACACGCACCUGUACACACUGGUUGUCGAUCCGACUUCAGAGAUCUACAAAGUUUUCGUGGACAAGGAGCUGAAACGCAGCGGGUCGUUGCGGGAAGAUUUUGAUCCACCCAUCGAGCCGCCCAAAGAGAUCGAUGAUCCGGAAGACAAGAAGCCUUCAGACUGGGUGGAUGAAAAGAUGAUACCCGACCCGGCGGCUACCAAACCGGCCGACUGGGACGAGAACGCUCCCCGCGAGAUUCCGGAUCCGAAUGUCACGAAACCACCUGGGUGGCUUGACGAUGAGCCGAAACUCAUACCCGAUCCGGACGCGGUGAAGCCUGCAGCCUGGAACGAUGAAGAGGACGGUGAAUGGAAGCCACCGAUGAUCCCCAAUCCAAAAUGCGCAACCGCGCCCGGAUGCGGUGCCUGGAAGCCACCGAUGAUCCCCAAUCCGUCGUAUCGCGGCAAAUGGAAGGCGCCGCUGAUACCGAAUCCCGCCUACAAGGGGCAAUGGCAACCACGGAAAAUCCCAAAUCCAGAGUAUUACCGGGUUGAGAAAAUUCAGCUGCAGCCUGUGACAGCGGUGGGUAUCGAAAUUUGGACGAUGGAUCAGGGCAUCGCGUUUGAUAACAUCCUUUUCCUGUCGGGUUCAGAGGCCGCGCAGGUUGCUGACGAAUUCGCUGUUCAGACCUGGGCAAAGAAGGUCAAAGUGGAAAAGGAGCGUGAGGAAUCGCGCAAGCCAAAGGCAACGGAUGAUCGAAACGAGCUCGGGCCGCUGCGCAUGAAACUCCUCGACGGUGUUGAGGUGGUGCUCGGCAAGAUCGAGUCGUUAGUGGACGUCAUCGACCAGUUCCUGGCGCGCGCCGGCGUCCAAGAGCCGGUCCAUAGAAUGAUCGAACUCUUCCAGCGGCAGCCGAUGAUCUUGGCUGCACUCAUACCACCGGUGAUUGUGAGCAUCAUGCUAGUGGUUAGUAAUGCCCUGGGGAGGAAGCGCCUGUCGAGCCGUGCUUCCGCUGCGCAUCGCAAGAAGCGCGAUGAAACCGAGGAAGACGACCAAGCAGCUGGUGCCGCUACCUCUCGGUCAACAUCAAACGACAACGCGACUCGCCCAGCAUCAACAUCGCAGAAAGAAAGUGCGCCCGGGAAGGGCUCGGAAGAGGUCAUGGAUGCGGACGCGGACGACGAUGCCGACGUUUCCUCAUCGGGCGCUGGCAGCGGCACGCUUCGCAAACGCACAUCCCGUACACGGAAGGCAGACGAGUAA